ACCACAUGUUUUCUACUCAUCAUUCCACGUUUUCUCUUCUCACACAACAAAUUCAUUUUCUACUCACAAUUUCUUCACUUUCUCUCUCUAGAACUAGAAAAAAAUGGUGAUCAAGGUCCAUGGCCCUAUGAUGUCCCCUGCUGUUAUGAGAGUUGUAGCUACACUCAAAGAGAAAGAUCUUGAUUUUGAACUUGUUCCUGUCAAUAUGCAAAGUGGUGAUCACAAAAAGGAGCCAUUCAUUUCCCUAAAUCCAUUUGGUCAAGUUCCAGCUUUUGAAGAUGGAGAUCUCAAGCUUUUUGAGUCAAGAGCCAUUACACAAUACAUAGCUCACACAUAUGCAGACAAAGGGACCCAACUCUUACCCAAUGACCCAAAAAAAAUGGCAAUCAUGUCAGUAUGGAUGGAAGUAGAAGCCCAGAAAUUCGACCCCAUUGGUUCAAAACUAGGCUUUGAGAUUGUGAUUAAGCCAAUGUUGGGCAUGGUGACUGAUGAUGCAGUCGUGGCAGAGAACGAAGAGAAACUCGGGAAACUUCUUGAUGUGUAUGAAUCUAGACUCAAGGAAUCGAAAUAUUUGGGUGGUGAGAGUUUUACCCUAGCUGAUUUGCACCACGCCCCGUCUUUGCACUACUUGAUGGGGAGUAAAGUGAAGAGCUUGUUCGAUGCUAGGCCUCAUGUUAGUGCUUGGUGUGCUGAUAUUUUGGCUAGGCCAGCUUGGUGUAAGACACUUGAGUUGUCAAAACAGUAAGAUUUGUGGCGGAUGGGUGAGUAACGCAUUGGAAGGAAGGGGCAACAACAGUUGGAAACGGCUGCUAAUACCUCGUAGGCUGAGGAGCAAAAUAUGGCCUAUGUAUUACUAGUAGGUUAAUAAAUUUAGGCCAUAAGUAACACUUUUGUAAUUUUUUGCUUUGUGGUGCACUCUUUUUUUUCUUCCUAUCUUUCUUGUAUCGUAAGACGUUCUCUCUUAUUGAAUUCUUCGUGUGUGUGAAUUGUAUCGACUUAAUACUCUUUUGAAA